CGCGCACUCCUCCAUCUCUCUUCCUUAUCACAACUCAUUUGCUCCUGAGUCAUUCCCCGUCUUCUCUUCAUUAUCACAACUCCCUAGCCAAAUCAACUCUUUUCUGCAAUGGAACUAGAGCAACUCUUGUUCGGAGAGAGCAUUAGUGCUCCUAAGGCGGACCGGAGCCAUGUAAAAACUUAUGAAACCAUGGCCUCAUCCAUAUCAAGUAGUUCCAAGGACUCCGAUGAGUUGUCCCAUGUCUCCGAGUCCUUUACUAUGAUAGACAUGAGUGUACCAAAGACCGUCUCUGCAGAGAAGAAACUAUCUUGGUUGCGCUCCCAGAUCGUCGUAGGUGAUGGAGAAUUCAAAUCCCCCUAUGGACUCCGCAGGGUCACCUACGCUGAUCACACUGCCUCAGGCCGGUGCCUACACUACAUUGAAAACUAUAUCGUCAAUAAUGUUCUCCCCUUCUAUGGAAACACUCACACAUGUGAUAGUUUCGUCGGUGAUCGGACCACAAAAAUGGUGCAUGAAGCCGCCAAGUACGUAAAAAAGUGUCUUGGCGGUAAACAAGAUGAUGCACUCGUCUUCUGUGGUUCGGGCACCACCGCAGCUAUCAAACGGCUACAAGAAGUAAUGGGGAUCACUUCUCCGUCGAUUAUGAGGGAGAGGGUAUUGAAGACCCUAAGGAGUGAAGAAAGAUGGGUAGUUUUUGUGGGGCCUUAUGAGCACCACUCCAAUCUCCUAUCAUGGCGGCAAAGUCUAGCAGAAGUAGUGGAGAUUGGUCUGGAUGAAAAUGGCUUAAUUGACAUGAAGGCUCUAAGGCAACAGCUUGAGUCGUAUAAAUACACCAACCGCCCGUUAUUGGGUUCUUUCUCAGCUUGUAGUAACGUGACUGGAAUUUACACCAACACCCGCGCCCUUGCGAAAAUUCUUCAUCAGCAUGGAGCCUUUGUGUGCUUUGAUUUUGCUGCAAGCGGUCCUUACGUGGAGAUCGACAUGAGAUCGGGAGAGAUUGAUGGCUAUGAUGCCAUUUUCCUUAGUCCCCACAAGUUUCUCGGAGGACCUGGGACCCCCGGCAUCCUUCUAAUGAGCAAAGUCCUCUAUAAUCUGGCUUCCUCUCCUCCAUCAACUUGUGGUGGUGGAACUGUUGCCUUCGUCAAUGGCUUCAAUGAAAAGGACACUUUAUACGUGGAUGAAAUAGAAGAAAGGGAAGACGCCGGAACUCCGCCAAUUGUUCAGAAGAUCAAAACAGCACUGACUUUCUGGGUGAAAGAAUACAUCGGUUACAAUGUUAUCGAACAGAUGGAGCACAUGUACAUCGAAGCAGCACUGGAGAGACUUCUGCCUAAUCCAAACAUAAAAGUUUUGGGAAAUACAAGCGCAAAGCGACAAGCUAUCCUGUCCUUCCUCGUAUACUCCACUACCAACUCUUCCUCGGACGGCAUGAAAGAUAGUAGAGGGGACAUAGAGGGGAGAUUUUACAUGUGGAGAGAGACAGGAAACAAGAGGGGUAAGCCUCUUCAUGGGCCUUUUGUCGCAAAGCUCCUCAAUGACCUGUUUGGGAUUCAAGCUCGAGGUGGGUGUGCUUGUGCUGGACCCUAUGGUCACAGCUUGCUCAACGUGGAUGAGACCCGUUCACUCGCAUUCAGAUCCGCCAUCCAUAAUGGUAACAACGGAGUGAAGCCCGGAUGGACCAGAAUCAGCUUCCCCUACUACAUGUCUAUUGAGGAGUUCGAGUUCAUUCUGGCAGCACUGGAAUUCAUAGCUACUUACGGCCAGAGGUUCCUUCCUUUAUACAACUUCAAUUGGAAAACAGGCAACUGGACUUUCAAGAAGAAGGCACUCAAAGACGCACUAGCAGGGAAGGAAAACAACGGCAACUUCGGUGGAUUGAGUCUGGCCAGGGGCAUGCAGGCAUCAAUAAUGAGUAACCAAUCAGAAGCACCAAACAACAACGCUGAUGAAAAUGAUGAAAUCAUCAACAAAUACACAUCAUAUUUGGAGACUGCUAAACGCAUUGCUAGUGUCCUUGAAAAGUUCCCUCCUCACCGUCGGGUUCCGGAAGACAUAGAUCUCAACCUCUGCACCUUCAGAUGCUAGUUUUUCAUCUUAUAUGCAGUACUGGCUUUGAUUUCAGUUUGUUGUUGCGCUACAUAUAACAAGCUUUUUGACAAAGCAGAAUAUUUAUACAAUGCUCGUUGUAUUUUCUGUUUCAAAGUUAUGCUAUAGUUGUAUUUUAUGUUG